AGUUGGUCUGGGGGUGAAAUCCCAGCAGAGCUCAAUAGGUCUUGUAGGGUUUUGGAGCAAGGAAAGGUAUAUACAGCAGCAGCAGCAGCAGCAACAACAGCAGCAAGAUGUCGGAAAGAAGCAGCCAGGUCUAUUAUUCCUUCAAAAUCCAAACUUUGCGCGUGGAGUCCGUGCACAGCCCUCCUCCGGCCGAGGGUGCCGUCCAGCAGCAGCAGCACUCCGAGGCGCCGCGCUCCGCCUCGCCGAAGGAAGCAGCCGUCGCUUCACCCAAGGAAGGAGCGAGACCCAAGGAAGGGGCGCCCCGCAAGGAAGCUCCGUCACCCACCGAAGGAGCCAGACCCAAGGAAGCCGCUUCGCCCAGGGAGGCUCGUUCCCCCAACGAAGGAGCCAGACCCAAGGAAGGCGCGCCAGUAAAGCAGGGCUCGGCGCCUGCGCUCCAGCAGCUCCUUUCCCCCGGCGACAGGGACAAAGCCGCCCGGGAUCCCGCCCCGAAAGUCUUCAUCCCUUCCUCCAACAGCAUGCCGGACAAGAAGUUCUUUGAGAAUCUCUCCGGAAAAGGGAAAGCCAUCGGGGUGUUGACCAGCGGAGGCGAUGCGCAAGGUAUGAAUGCAGCAGUCCGUGCGGUAGUGCGUAUGGGAAUUUAUGUUGAAGCAAAAGUAUACUUUAUCUAUGAGGGUUACCAGGGCAUGGUUGAUGGAGCUGAAAACAUUGUUGAAGUCACAUGGGAAAGUGUUUCAAGCAUCCUACAAGUGGGAGGAACGGUCAUUGGCAGUGCCCGCUGCAAAGCUUUUCGGACCCGGGAGGGCCGCUUGAAGGCAGCCUGCAACCUGGUGAAGUGUGGCAUCACUAACCUUUGUGUGAUUGGUGGGGACGGCAGCUUAACAGGGGCUAAUCUUUUCCGUGAGGAGUGGAACGGCCUUUUAGAGGAACUGGCACAAAAUGGUGAGAUUGAAAAAGGGGCUAUCAAGAAGUACGCUUACCUCAACAUUGUGGGAAUGGUUGGCUCCAUCGACAAUGACUUCUGUGGUACCGAUAUGACCAUUGGCACUGACUCUGCCUUGCACAGAAUCAUUGAAGUUGUGGAUGCCAUUAUGACCACUGCUCAAAGCCAUCAGAGGACCUUUGUCCUGGAGGUGAUGGGGAGACACUGUGGGUACCUAGCUCUUGUUAGUGCCUUAGCCUGUGGUGCAGAUUAUGUCUUUAUUCCUGAAUAUCCACCUGAGGAAGGAUGGGAAGAUCAUAUGUGUUCUAGGCUUUCUGAGAACCGUGCACGAAAGAAAAGGCUGAAUAUCAUAAUUGUAGCAGAAGGUGCCAUUGAUUGCCACAAUCAGCCUAUAACUUCAGAGCAAGUUAAGGAUCUUGUGGUGCAGCGACUAGGGUAUGACACUCGCGUGACUAUCCUUGGCCAUGUGCAAAGGGGAGGCACUCCCUCUGCAUUUGAUAGGAUUUUGGCAAGUCGCAUGGGUGUGGAGGCUGUCCUUGCCCUUCUAGAGGGCACACCUGAAACUCCUGCUUGUGUGGUCUCCCUGUCUGGAAACCAAGCUGUCCGCCUGCCUUUAAUGGAGUGUGUGCAGAUGACCCAAGAUGUACAGAAAGCCAUGGAUGGAAAAAGAUUCAGUGAUGCUGUGCAACUUCGUGGAAGGAGUUUUGAGAACAACUUGAAUACUUACAAGCUGCUGUCUACCAAAAGGACGGCUGCUGACCUUCCCAAGACUAACUUCAAUGUAGCUGUUUUAAAUGUUGGUGCUCCAGCAGCUGGCAUGAAUGCUGCCGUUCGCUCUGCCGUGAGGAUCGGUAUAACCGAAGGACACAAAAUGUUCGCUGUCACUGAUGGAUUUGAAGGCUUUUCUAGAGGGCUGAUCAAAGAAAUCAGCUGGGGAGAUGUUGGAGGUUGGACUGGCCAAGGCGGGUCAAUUCUUGGCACAAAACGUGCACUCCCUGGAAAGUAUCUGGAGAAGAUUGCAGAACAAAUGCGAACUCAUAACAUCAAUGCCCUCCUGGUAAUUGGUGGAUUUGAGGCCUACUUGGGACUUUUGGAACUGUCCGCUGCCCGGGAGAAAUUUGACGAGUUCUGUAUUCCCAUGGUUAUGGUUCCUGCAACCGUAUCCAACAAUGUACCGGGUUCUGAUUUCAGCAUUGGUGCAGACACUGCUCUGAACACUAUCACUGAUGCCUUCGAUGGCUGUCUGCAGUUAUUUGAAGCACGGCCCCGUUUUGAGGAGUUUUGCAUUCCUAUCUGCAUUGUGCCUGCUACUAUUAGCAACAAUGUGCCCGGCACUGACCUCAGUAUCGGUGCUGACACUUCCCUGAACGCCAUUGUGGAGACAUGCGACCGAAUCAAACUGUCGGCAAGUGGGACAAAGCGACGUGUGUUCAUCAUUGAAACUAUGGGUGGCUAUUGCGGCUACUUGGCAAAUAUGGGUGCCCUCGCAGCAGGAGCUGAUGCUGCGUACAUCUUUGAAGAGAAAUUUGAUAUCCGAGAGCUCCAGGCCAACGUGGAACAUUUGACUGAAAAGAUGAAAACCAGCAUUCAACGUGGUUUGGUGCUGAGGAAUGAAAAUAGUAGCGAGAAUUACACAACUGACUUCAUUUACCAGCUCUAUUCCGAAGAAGGGAAAGGAGUCUUUGAUUGCAGAAAGAACGUAUUGGGUCACAUGCAGCAGGGUGGCGCUCCUUCGCCAUUUGACAGAAACUUUGGGACAAAAAUUUCAGCAAAAGCUGUACUUUGGCUCUCCAAGAAACUCAAAGAAUGCUAUCGAAGAGGAAGGGUAUUUGCCAACACUGAGGACAGUGUUUGCCUCCUGGGAAUGCGCCGGAGGAACCUUAUUUUCCAGCCUGUGGUUCAACUGAAGGAUGAAACAGACUUUGUGCACCGAAUUCCCCGCGAACAGUGGUGGCUGAAGUUACGGCCCCUGAUGAAAAUUCUGGCCAAAUACAAGACCAGCUACGAUGUGUCAGAUUCGGGCCAGUUGGAGCAUGUGCUCAGACCAAAACAGGCAGAAGCGUGAGCCGACGGGUCCAAGGUGUCCUACUGUUAAAAGGUUGCAAUAGCUCUUCAUUGUGUGUCAACGAUGCUUUAGAAUACUUGUUGCAGCUUCGUUUUGUAACAUCUAAGUUAUUGUACCAGCACUUUAUGUGGAAAAACAAAAAGCCGCCAUCACAGACACUCUCUACCUGGUAUUGUCCUAGGCUUCUUAAAAAGACACCACACAAAACACCCUAGAGCCUAACUUAACAACAAAAAAACCCAACUUACCAAUGUGUUCCUUACCAAUAACCUGUGCAAAAAUGGUUCUAUGCACUCCGUGUGACGCUAUUCAUCUCUUGCACUUUUACCAGAUAGUGUUUACACUUAAAGAGUAUGUUACAGAGGCUUAGUUUUGUGUCAAACUAAAAAAGGAAACUUAUAUAUGUCCCCCAACAGAAUAAAAUACUAUAUUAAAAGUAA